ACCUCAUUCUUACAUAACAUAACAUUUCUCCCAAUUUUCCCAAUUCUCCUCACUCACAUACACAAACACAAACUCAUACACACACACAUACACAUCUAGGGUUUUAUUUAUUCACACACACAUCUAUAUCUGUAAUUGACCUAGCUAGAAACUGAAUCAUGCCGCGGCGAGACGUAGACGACGACGACGAUCUGGAGCCGGAAGAAGACGAGCAAGUGUACCAAGACGAGGAAGAGGACUACGACGAUUACAAGUCCGGACGGAAGCGUUCCAGAUCCCAGUUCAUCGACGAUGCGGCGGAGGAAGAUGAGGACGAAGAAGAGGAAGAAGAAGAUGACGACGAUGAUGAGGAUUAUGGAGGCGGUGGCAGAAAAGCCGGUGCGCCCAAGCCCAAGAAACGGACUUCCGGUUCGCAUUUUUUCGACUUGGAAGCGCAGGUGGAUAGUGAUGAGGACGACGAAGAAGAUGAAGGAGAGGAUGAUUUCAUUGUGGAUAAUGGAGCUGAUCUGCCUGACGACGAGGAUGCUAGACGGCUACAUCGUCGACCUCUGCUUCCUCGUGAGGAUGACCAGGAGGAUGUUGAGGCUCUUGAGAGAAGCAUUCAGGCUAGGUAUGCCAGGUCCAGUCAUACGGAAUAUGAUGAGGAGACCACAGAUGUAGAGCAGCAAGCUCUGUUACCGUCUGUGAGGGACCCAAAGUUGUGGAUGGUCAAAUGUGCGAUUGGCCAUGAGCGGGAGGUAGCUGUUUGCCUCAUGCAAAAGUGCAUUGAUAGAGGACCUGAGUUGCAAAUUAGAUCUGCUAUAGCACUUGAUCAUCUGAAAAAUUACGUUUAUAUAGAAGCAGACAAGGAAGCCCAUGUUAGAGAGGCUUGCAAGGGUAUGCGUAAUAUAUUUACAGGCAGUAAGAUUCUGCUUGUUCCUAUUAAAGAAAUGACGGAUGUCCUUGCUGUUGAAAGCAAAGCGAUUGAGCUUUCAAGGGACACCUGGGUUAGGAUGAAAAUUGGCACUUACAAGGGGGACCUUGCCAAGGUUGUGGAUGUGGACAAUGUGAGGCAGAGAGUUACAGUCAAAUUGAUUCCGAGGAUUGACUUGCAGGCUUUGGCAAACAAAUUGGAAGGUAGAGAAGUUCCAAAAAAGAAAACAUUUACCCCGCCGCCACGUUUUAUGAAUGUCGAUGAAGCUAGGGAAAUGCAUAUUCGUGUUGAGCGAAGGCGAGAUCCAAUGACUGGGGAUUAUUUUGAGAACAUCAAUGGUAUGAUGUUUAAAGAUGGUUUCUUAUACAAAACUGUAUCAAUGAAAUCUAUCAGCACGCAAAAUAUUCAACCAAGCUUUGACGAACUUGAGAAAUUUCGGCAACCUGGUGAGAAUGGGGAUGGUGAUAUGGCUAGUUUGUCAACCUUGUUUGCAAACCGAAAGAAAGGUCAUUUUAUGAAAGGAGAUAGAGUUAUAGUUGUAAAAGGUGAUCUUAAAAAUUUGAAGGGGGUGGUCGAGAAAGUUGAGGAAGACACUGUCCAUAUCAAACCGUAUGAUGAAGGCCUUCCGAAAACACUGGCUGUAAGCGAAAAGGAGCUUUGCAAGUACUUCGAACCUGGUAAUCAUGUGAAGGUUGUAUCUGGUGCGACAGAAGGUGCUACUGGCAUGGUAGUGACAGUUGAGAGGCACCUGGUCAACAUAGUGUCUGACACAACUAAAGAAGUUAUUCAAGUAUUCUCUGACAAUGUAGUUGAAAGUUCUGAAGUGACAUCUGGCAAGACAAGAAUCGGGGACUAUGAGCUCCAUGAUUUAGUGUUGCUGGACAAUAUGAGCUUCGGUGUGAUUAUACGGGUUGAGAAUGAAGCUUUUCAGGUGCUUAAGGGAGUGCAUGAAAGACCUGAAGUUGCACUCGUUAGACUCAGAGAGAUCAAGUACAAGAUUGAAAGAAAGAAUUCAGCACAAGAUCGGUCACGGAACAUAAUAGCGGUGAAAGAUGUUGUGAAAGUUCUUGAUGGACCUUCCAAAGGGAAGCAAGGACCUGUUGAACAUAUCUUUAAAGGAAUAUUGUUCAUAUACGAUCGUCACCAUCUUGAGCAUGCUGGUUUUAUCUGUGCCAAAUCCCAAGCUUGCAUGGUAGUUGGGGGACGUGCAAAUGGUGAUAGAAAUGGGGAUCCAACCUCAAGAUUUGCUCUCAAGCCUCCCAAUCGUGUUCCGCCAUCGCCCGGUAGAAUGCCUAGAGGAGGCCACUAUAACUCUGGGGGUAGGUUUGGAGGUGGAAGAGGACAUAACUCUUUGAUUGGUACUAGUGUAAGAGUUCGCCUGGGUCGUUACAAGGGCUGCAAAGGAAUUGUUAAAGAUGUUAAAGGACAAACAGUUCGUGUUGAAUUAGAGGCUCAAAUGAAGGAUGUGACAGUCAAUCGUGAUGAAAUUGUUGAUACCAUUACUACUGCAACACCAUCCAGGGAGCAACAACGAUAUGGUGCGGGGAAUGAGACACCAAUGCAUCCAUCACGUACACCAAUGCAUCCUUAUAUGACUCCUAUGAGAGAUUCCGGAGCCACACCUAUUCAUGAUGGUAUGAGGACCCCAAUGCGGGACAGGGCUUGGAACCCUUACACACCAAUGAGUCCACCAAGGGAUAACUGGGAAGACGGAAACCCUGCAUCUUGGGGGACAAGUCCUCAGUAUCAGCCGGGAAGUCCUCCUUCAAGAACGUAUGAAGCACCAACACCUGGUUCAGGUUGGGCCAACACCCCUAGUGGCAAUUACAGUGAAGCUGGAACCCCAAGGGAUAGCAGUCCAGCCUAUGCCAAUGCACCCAGCCCAUACUUGCCGUCAACUCCUGGCGGUCAGCCGCCUAUGACACCUAGUUCGGCCUACCUACCUGGUACACCUGGGGGGCAACCGAUGACACCUGGAGGUGGUGGAUUGGAUAUGAUGUCCCCUGUAGUUGGUGGUGAUCACGAGGGUCCUUGGUUUCUUCCAAAUAUAUUGGUUAAUUUACGGAGGUCUGCUGAUGAAACAUCUUUAGGAGUUGUUCGGGAGCUGCUUCCGGAUGGUUCCUGCAGGGUAGCUCUGGGUUCGAGCGGCAACGGAGAGACGGUUACUGUUUUCCCUAAUGAAGUUGAGGCAGUGGUUCCAAGGAAGUCGGACAAAAUAAAGAUCAUGGGUGGUGCCUAUCGAGGGUCAACUGGGAAACUCAUUGGUAUUGAUGGGACAGAUGGAAUUGUGAAGCUAGAUGAUACACUUGAUGUUAAAAUAUUAGACAUGGUCAUGUUGGCUAAACAAGCUUAAAGCUAAUGAUCUAUACAUACUAGUUUGGCCUGUGUUAGGCCCUUGUUAAUUAUGGAGGUGGAAGUACAUUAUAAUGUAUAUUCCUGAUAUGAAGUUUCAAAUUUUGUGGAGUUCACUCUCUCCUUUUCUACAUGUGUGAAGACUUGGAGAGUGAAGAAAUUUGAAAUCAGAAGACUUGGAAGGUGCUAUAACUUUUUGAUUUGGUUGUUUUUAGUUUGAACAUGUCUAACGAUUGUAUUAAAAUAGAUGGAGUUAUUUUCGGAAUGUAGCAUUGAAAAAUGAUUUUUGGUGUGAAAA